AUGGCAAAGAACGAUCUGACAACCGGCGAGCGAAUCAAUUGGAAGAAUUUCGCAAUAUGCUUCCUCGUCUCCCUGGGGCAGAUAGCAUUCGGCUACCCAGCGUCCAUUAUUGGAACGACACUGGGAGAGCCGAGCUUUCUCAUCUACAUGUCGAUCCUCAAUGCUGAGACCGGCGAGUUGACAACGAGUGGCAAUCAGUUGAUAGGUGCAAUGUCAGGAGUGUUCCAGGCGGGCGCGGUCCUCGGUGUACUCUUUGCAUCAUGGGUGAUGGAUCGAUACGGUCGCAAGGCCGGGAUGAUAUACUGCGCCGUCUUCUCUCUCGUGGGUGGUGCUCUGCUCUGCGGUAGCAUCAACGUGGCGAUGUUCAUUGUCGCUCGUUUCCUCGCCGGAAUUGGCAGCUGGGGCUUCCUGGCCGUCACGCCCACGUACUGUGCGGAGCUCGCACCUCCUAAGCACCGUGGCUUUUUCGUUGGGAUGAACGGUAUCAACAUCGCCCUCGGUUAUGGUCUUGCUUCAUACAUGGGAAUGGCGUUCUUCUACGCCCCUUACGGCGAAGCACAAUGGCGCGGUCCUCUUGGCAUUGCACUCCUCUGGCCAUUCAUGAUGCUCAUCAUAAUCGCCCUACCCUUCGUGCCCGAGAGCCCACGAUUCCUACUCAUGCGCGGCCGUAUCGAGGAAGCAAGAGAAGUCACGAUGAGGCUACACUCGGUCAAAGGUGAUCCAGACCAGGAGUUUGCACGAGCAGAAUUCUACCAAAUGUCGAAGCAAACGGAGUUCGAUCGCACACUGGAUCCAUCAUGGAUGGAGAUGUUCCGCCGCCCGUCAUACCGUAAGCGCACAUUCAUGGCGAUGGGAUUCGCGUUCAUCGGUCAGUCGACUGCCGUUCUCGUCAUCAACAACUACGGACCGCUGCAGUACGCUGCUCUGGGUUUCGAGACAGAGGACCAACUCCGGUUGCAAUGCGGCUGGAUCAGUGUCGGUGUGAUCUUCAAUGCUGUUGGUGCGUUGCUCAUGGACAAGUUCGGCCGCCGACCGCUGAUGCUGUUUGGUGUCUUUGGCUGCUGCGUCUGCUUGAUCAUCGAAGCCGCCAUGGUCGGUGCCUUUGCUGAGGGACCCAACGCGGGAGAGAACAAAGUCGGCCUGGCCUUUGGUGUUGUGGCUUUCUACGCCUUCCUGGCCGUUUACUCCGUCGGUAUUGAUGUCUGUGGCGUCGUUUGGUACAGCGAAGUCUUGUAA